AUGGCUCUUCCAAGUGACGAUUACGAUUACCUUAUGAAGGUUCUUUUGAUCGGCGAUAGUGGUGUUGGAAAGAGUUCCCUUCUUGUACGAUUCUCUGAAGGAUCUUUUAGUACUAGUUAUCUUCCAACUAUGGGCAUUGAUUUUAGAAACAGAAACAUAGAGAUGCAUGGAAAACAGAUCAAGCUCCAAAUUUGGGAUACUGCAGGUCAGGAGCGAUUCCGAACAAUUACAAGAGCUUACUAUCGCGGUGCUAUGGGCAUAUUACUAGUCUAUGAUGUUACAAAUGAGGCUUCAUUUAACAAUAUUAGGAGUUGGAUGCUUAGCAUUGAGCAACAUGCUUCUGACAAUGUCAACAAAAUACUGGUUGGGAACAAAGCUGACAUGGGUGACAGCAAAAGAGCCGUGCCUACUUCCAAGGGCCAAGCACUAGCCAACGAGUAUGGAAUCAAAUUCUUUGAAACAAGUGCAAAAACAAGUCGAAAUGUGGAAAAAGCUUUCUUCUCGAUUACAAGGGAUAUAAAACAAAGGCUUGAUGACACUGACUCUAUGAAAAUGCCGGCAAGAAUGAGUAUUAGUAUCAACCAACGUGCACAAAAGUCAGCAUGCUGUGGUUGA